AUGGAUAAAGCAAACUCAACAUUCUCGGCAGGACGGUCUUCGACCCCCUUCCAGCAUGUCUCGGCCCUCGAAGUCUUCCUCCCCGGCAUCUCUCGCGCGCUCGGGGGACUAUCCGCAGUUCUUGCAGCUAUGACUAUACACAUCAGUCAGCCGGACGAGGCAUACGAGAUGCUCUUCGCCUGGUUGAAGCGGCGUGGGUUGGAUGGCUCGGCCGGGGCGUGUUCUGUCAGCGUCUUGAAGAAGGGACAUCCCGGCGAUGUUUCCAGAAACGGCGGCAAGAAGGCUCUCGAGUAUAAGCCCUGGCGGACAUCUUUUACUUUUUGGUACAAGGGUUCCAUGAUAUCAUACAAGAACCAAACUGUCGAAAAGGGAGCGACUCGCGUGACCGAGGAACAGACAACGCUCAGCUGCCUAGGCUGGUCCAACAGUAUCCUCAAGCAAUUGAUGCAGGAGUGCCGCAAGGAGUAUCUUGAGCAAGUCAGGGGGAAGACAUCAAUAUUUGAAAAUCAAGGUUCGACCUGGAAGAAGCUCAAGGAUAAGGACGCACGCCCGUUGUCAACCGUCAUCAUCGACUAUGAACGGAAGCAGCAAUUCCUCAGCGACAUACAAGGUUUUCUAAGCGAGGAGACACGACUUUGGUAUACUCAGCGUGCACUCCCGUACCGCCGUGGGUAUCUUCUCUACGGCCCACCCGGCACUGGGAAAUCUAGUCUAAGCCUCGCCAUGGCAGGUGAGCUUGACCUGGACGUCUAUGUGAUCAACGUCCCAGACUGUAGCAACACUAUUCUCAAGAACCUAUUUGAGACUCUGCCCGAAACCUGCAUCGUGCUUCUAGAAGACAUUGACGCUGUUGGUGUGUCGAGAACCGCGGAUCCUGAGAACGCUGAGGAUGUGGCACCGACAAGAGUCUCACGCCGGACUCGGGGCUCGGUGACACUAUCAGGACUCUUGAACACUUUGGACGGCGUUACAUCCCAAGACGGCCGGAUGGUUGUCAUGACCACAAAUCACCGCGAGGACCUUGACGAGGCGCUGAUCCGCCCCGGUCGCGUCGACAUGCAGAUAGAGCUGCCUGUCGCCGACUGCAAGGUCAUUGCUGAUCUUUUCAUCUUUCUUCUUGGUCCAGUCAAUCGAGAUAGUGGAUUAAAAGACGGCAGCGUGAUAAGCAAAGAACAGGAUACAAUGGAAGCAAAAGCCGCCAAGUUUGCAUCAAUAGUUCCGCCAGCAACGUUCAGCCAGGCGGAGAUUAUCUCUUUUCUGUUGAUGCACAAGAACGACGCCGAUGCUGCUCUAGCUCAAAGUGAAGAGUGGGUAGAGCGAAAAAUAGAAGAAAAGAGAGCUGCGGCGGAGAGGAGGGAGGUGAAGGCAAAACAACUCUACUCCCAGAUAUCAACCUCGUCACACAUUAUUAAAAGCUGA